CCGCUAAACAUCAUAGACACGGUUAUGAAUAUUGUGUGCGAGAAGUUCUAUGAGUGAUAUGUCUAGUAUGACCAAUACUUCAUCUGUGAAAUUGCUCUGUAUUACUAAAAUGAUUUCACUUAAAAUUCUUGCUAUACGUUUUUCAUUUAUUUACAUCCAUUGACUUAUAUUAGUUUGUUGGCGUCCAUUAUGUAUUCUUUGUACUUUCUGUAAAGAGUAAACAAAGAGAAACAUACAAAUUUAUUCCGAUAUUCAAAAUGUAUAUUAAGACUUAAUAAUAUUAUUGUUCGUUUCACAAUAAAUAUUUGAGUGUUGGAUUUGUUACAUUUGGUGUAUGUAUUUCUAUUAGGACAAUUUUAAUAUCAAUUUAAUUACAUAAGUUGUAAAAACAUAGGGAAGCCAGUAGCCACCCUAAUACUACUUUCACUUUGAGGUGUCGUUCAUCGGGUAAAUAUGCCGUGAUGAAAAAUGUUUAACUGAAGUGCUAGUCACAAGAGGAAGAAGCGAAGCGUAUAGGAAGUGAAGUUCACCGGCUACUGUCAUUCUGCAGAUGAGAGAAUUCGAUUUGAUAAUGAAUAAUUCGGGCUGUGCGUCGUGCAUACUCGAGCCUCCCCCCGACAUUCUUCAUAUACCACCGCCACCAUUCCCGGCUAUUUUUCAACAAAGUACCACCUUUUACCCACGCACGGAUUUAUUGGCGUUUCCGCCUGAUCUCAAUGACAGCCCGUGUAAGCACUUUUGCGAUCGUCGAUCCGAAGGAGUCCAAUAUAUUGAGAUGCCACAACAAGGUACAGUUUUCGACGACACAUGGCUGUUGGUCUUAAUAUCAUCCUGUGUAGGUGUGAUUUUCAUAGGCAUUGCAUUGGCGACAUUGCUUCUGAAAUGCAAAUUUAAUAGAAGUGGUAAGAACGGGGUAAUAUCCAUGCCAAACGCGACCUCCGGCGUGCAAACGAAAAAUGGAAGGAUUCAGAAUGAAGCUGUUCUUUAUCCUUGCGCGACUGACACGAUACAGGACAGCCGCGUAAUGUGGGCUACUCUUACGCCAAGGGGAACCACCAGACACUACUUAGAGGAGCACACCUACGAAACGAUCGGCGGCGGACAAUUUCACAAACGUGCCUGUUCAACUACGCCAACUGAACAUGUAAAACUCAAGACUUAUGCGGACUCCCCAAUUACCACGCCAAUUCAGAACCGACCGAAGGAUGAUAAUAUGUUCGAUAACACGGCGUUCAUAGAUUAUGAAGAGCCGUUGUCAAUAAAGACUGAUUAUUAUCAAUUUACAGGUAUACUAUCGAUUCAACAAAGAGGAACAUUGCGCCCUCGUGUCAGUUCACCGACAAGAAUCGAACAUCCGAACUUACCACCCCUUAAUCUUCAUCUGCAUAAAAGAUCAUUUCGUAAAGGUUCCGCCACACUGCAAGCCUCAGAUACAUUGCUAAGACGCAGCAGUAUUACAUCAUCAACUUAUAUUCCCACCAUAUAAAUUCGAUGUCCAAUCUUUUUUAUAUUUAAACAUGUUUAUACAAUAAGCAACGUGAAUCGUAUGUUACCAAUUUGUUAUCUUCGCCUCACUUUAAUGAUAAAUACGCAAUAGCCGCGUAAGUCGAACAAAGCGACGUAAUCAUUGAACGACGCGUGUAAAUUAGAUCUACACGCCUUGUACGCAUUUAACAUUUACGAAAGUAGACUUACAAAGAAAUUAUUUUUUUGUACCUCGAACCAGUUAACAAUUCAAACAAUAAUUUUGACUUGAAGCAAAUAAUUCAAUUCGGAUCAUAAGCGGAUUUGGAUCUAUAGAAAAUUGAAAAUGAAAGAUUUCUAAAUCUAUAAAUAAUAAAGAAUAUUAAGUAUUUUAUCGAUGCAUUAAUUCAACGUGAAAGCCUUUCACAAUGUAUGUUUCAUAUUUCCCUCCAU